AUGAUCUCCUCAUCUGUCCAUCCGACACCACACAGUGUAGAUGGAACAUUGUAUUUAUUUUAUAUUGAGGAACCUCAGACUGUGAGGGAAAGUGUUGUUCUUCCAACAGAUAAAAGGUUUACCUGUACUGAGUGCGGGAAGGGUUUCCAUUUUAAAUCAAAUCUUAAUGUCCAUAUAAGAACUCACACAAAUGAUAAGCCACAUUCCUGCCCUGAGUGUGGAAAAUGUUUUUCAAAGAUGUCCCAUCUUUCCAUACAUCAGAGAUCUCACACAGUGAAAAUGCCAUAUUCUUGUUCUGAGUGUGGGAGAUGUUUUUCAAAGAAAUGCAAUCUUUACACACACCAGAGAUUGCACACGGGAGAGAAACCAUAUUCCUGUUCUGAGUGUGGGAAAUGCUUUGUACAAAAAUCCAGACUUACCCUACAUCAAAAGUCUCACACAGGAGAGAAGCCGUUUUCCUGUUCUGAAUGCGGGAAAUGUUUUGUGCAAAAAUCAGCUCUUGUCUCACAUCAGAGAUCUCACACGGGUGAGAAGCCGUAUUCUUGUCCUGAGUGUGGGAAAUGUUUUUCAGAAAAGUCCCAUCUUUACAGACAUCAGAAAUCUCACACAGGGGAGAAGCAAUAUUCCUGUUCCGAGUGCGGGAAAUGUUUUUCAUGGAAGUCCCAUCUUUACAGACAUCAGAGAUUGCACACAGGGCAGAAGACACUUUCCUGUUCUGAGUGCGGGAAAUCUUUUUUAGACAAGUCCAAUCUUUCUAUUCAUCAGAGAUCCCACACGGGUGAGAAGCCGUAUUCCUGUUCUGAGUGUGGGAAAUGUUUUUCGGUGAAGGCUUCUCUUUACACACAUCAGAGACUGCACACGGGGGAAAAGCCGUAUUCCUGUCUUGAGUGCGGAAAAUGUUUUUCAGUGAAGUCGUCUCUUCGCAACCAUCAGAGAUUGCACACGGGGGACAAGCUGCAUUCCUGUUCUGAGUGCGGGAAAUGUUUUUCACAG